GAUCACUGGCGGAUGAGAUUAAUUGUUUCACCACAUUUUGAUAGCCGUAGUAAUUUCAUGGACAUCCCAUAAUUACUCACACUUUCUAAUUAUAGUCUUGGUACUUCUUCUGCUUUUGUUGUUCUUUGACUUUCAUCCACUUGUCAUCUUAUCUCGAGACUUGUUUUGACUUGUGUGAAUUGAGUUUAUACCAUCCCGAGAGUUUGGAACACCUACAGCCCUUAAGAUGGAAGAUCAAGUAACAAGAUUGACGGAGAAGGUUUGGGAAAGGUUCCAACAUACACCUUCUAAUAGUAGAUACCUCGUCGCGGUUUCUGGAAUUCCUGGUUCAGGCAAAACCACCCUCGCAGCAACUGUUACCAAACGUCUCAAUGCUCUGCAAGACGCCCACUCAAACAAAACCUCCCUCCCUCCAAUCGCCGGAUUUGUCCCCAUGGACGGCUACCAUUUAACCCGCGCCCAACUAUCAGCCAUGCCAGACCCAGCGCAUGCCCACGCACGUCGAGGCGCAGAAUUUACAUUCGAUGGCCCCGCAUUCCUCUCUCUCAUCCAGCGUCUUCGUGAACCACUUACUCCAUCUACUGUCACAAUCCACGCUCCAUCAUUCGAUCAUGCGCUCAAGGAUCCCAAGGCUAAUGAUAUACCGAUUGAACCCACAACCCGGAUAUUGAUUUUUGAGGGCAAUUAUUUAUCGUUGAAUAAGGAACCGUGGAGGAGCGCUGCAAAAUUGAUGGAUCAGCUUUGGUUUGUGGAUGUGGAUUUUGAGGUUGCAAAGAAGAGGUUGAUUCCCAGACAUGUAAAAGCGGGGAUUGCGGAAAAUGAGGAGGAUGCUGAGAAGAGAGUCGUGGAAAAUGAUUUGGUUAAUGGGGAGGAGAUUGUUAAGGGGAGGAUGGAGGUUGACGAGGUUAUUGUUAGUAAGAAUGAUGUUGUUUGGAAGUAGAUAGUUGGCGAUGUGAAAGAGUGAAGAAUAAGUGAACCCA